AAUGAUAAGCUAUACAUUAGUUUGUGAUUUCAACCAUGAUUGCCCUGAUAAAACUGAUGAAUCAUUUUGCAAUAGGGGUAAUAAAUGCCAAGAUUUAACUGAAAGAAUAUGUCAUAAUGGUCAAUGUGUUAGCACUGCCAGAGUAUGUGAUAAUGAAAGAAACUGUUUUGACCACAGUGAUGAAAUAUGUAAUGAGGAUGAAGCAAUAGAUAUCUAUUUUAAAAAUGGUGGUAUGAGUUAA